AUGGCUGCAACAUGCGAGUUCCCGGAUCGCGACAAUAUGCUACGGGACCGCGUUGUGAUGGGUGUGAGGGACUCCCGCACACAGCAGGCCCUUCUGAAGAAGUCUGGCCUCUCGCUCACACAGGCGAUUGACAUCGCACUUGCCGAAGAAGCGGCCAGCCGUGACUCCAAGUUGAUCAGCGCCGGAGACGAGCAGCGGCCGCCGACUGAGAGUGGAGUAGCUGCAUCUAUGGUGGCCCGACAGUGUCGCUUCUGCUGCCAAUCUCACCAGAUGGCUCGAAAGGUCCGUAUUCACGUGAGGGACAAACUGAAACGGAAGUUGGACGAGCUCGAGGCUCUUGGCGUCGUGUCACCGAUCGUUGAACCCACUGACUGGGUUUCCCACCCCGUGAUCGUAGAUAAGCCGUCAGGUGACAUCCGACUCUGCAUCGACCCCCGCCAUCUAAACAAGGCGGUGCGCCGGGAGCACUAUCCAACCCCGACUGUUGACGAGAUAACCGCGCGUAUGAGUGAUGCUAAAGUGUAUAGCGUGUUGGAUGCCGCAAACGCCUUCUGGCAGAUCGGAUUGUCGGAGGCGAACUUGGUGCUCAACCCGGACAAAUUCCGCUACAAGGUCCCGGAGAUCAAGUGGAUGGGUCAUGUCCUGACCUCCGAGGGAGGCAUGCGGCCAGAUCCGGCGAAAGUCGCGGCUGUUCACGAGUACCCAGUCCCCACUGACGUGCCCAGUCUGAAACGGUUUCUAGGCAUGGUCAGUUUUCUCUCCCGCUAUAUUCCGAACGUCUCCCACCUCCUGGCGCCGCUCCGCGCGCUGACACAGUCGCGCAACGAGUGGUCGUGGUCCCACCGGCUGGAGGCGAUUCGGGCCGCCACUGAGGCGGACCCUGUUCUGACGACGGUCAUCCGACAGCUGCAGCUGGGAUGGCCGGAUGACCGGCGCCGCCUGCCGGCCAGUCUAAGGCCCUUCCACCACCUCCGUGGGGAGUUGGCCUCGGAAGACGGCCUGCUAUAUAAGGGACGGUGUCUGGUGAUACCCUCGUCUCAGCAGCGGGACAUCAUUACCAGACUUCACAGCACCCACAUCGGGGUCGCCUCAAUCCUCCGGCUGGCGCGACAGAAUGUGUUCUGGGUCGGGAUGACAGCCAUGAUUAAAGAGGCGGUCCUCCGGUGUCCGGUUUGCCUGGCAUACCGGCCCUCGCAGCCACCAGAACCUCUGUCCCCGCACGAGAUACCGAGUCGGCCUUGGGAAAAAGUGGCCAUGGAUUUGUUCGACCUUCGUGGAGAGACGUACCUGCUGAUUGUGGACUAUUUUACGAAUUUUGUGGAGGUCGAGCCCCUCAGCCGCUUCACGGCCGCACAUGUGAUAUCUGCCCUGACCUCUCAGUUUGCUCGGUACGGCCUACCAGAGACCCUUAUCAGUGAUAACGGACCCCCUUUCAGCAGUGACGAGUUUCGGUUAUUCACUAAGGAGCUGGACAUUCAGCACAAGACCAGUAGUCCGCGCUAUCCCCAGUCGAACGGCAAAGCAGAAAAUUCUGUUAGAACCGUGAAAAACCUUAUGCGCAAGGCUAUAGAAGAUGGCAAAAAUCCACUUUGGGCGCUACUCAUGUGGCGCAACACCCCCAGUGAGGGGAUGUCUGUCUCACCGGCACAAAAACUGUUCGGUCGCGCCUGUCGCACGUUCCUACCGGCCCUCCGGUCCACCCUCCUCCCGUGCCACCCCUCCGACGUGCCGGAGGCCCUCGCGCGUCAGAAGGCCCGUCAGGCUUCGUACUACGACAGAAAGGCUCGACCUCUGCCUCCCCUGAUUCCCGGCCAGUCGAUUCGGAUGCGUCUUCCCGGUCAGAUUACGUGGUCCCCUGGCAUAUGCCUUCGCGACGCAGGCCCCCGCUCCUACUGGGUCCGGGUCGACGGCGUUACGUAUCGCCGCAACCGCCGUCAGUUACUGAGCACCAGUGACCCGCCUCCGCCGCCCCCGCUGGUGGUUGAGGAGCCGCCCGUUUCUCCGCCGGACCGGCCCGUCUCUGAGCCGCCUUCGUAUAUGCCCCGUGGGACCGAUUCGCCGAUGUCCUCACCGCCCUCUGCGCGGCGCAGCUCUCUGGGCUCCGACUCCCCGGCCCCAGUACCCCCGGCCCCGGCACUGGACCCCGGUGACUAUCGCAGUUCCCUCCGCCGAUCGGGGCGCGUCUCCCGGCCCCCGGCCUACUUGGCCGAUUAUGUGCCGCGAUAG